AAUCAAACAAACCUCACAUGCACUUAGGCUCUGAAGAGGUUAGGACUGAUAAACAAUCGGGUAUAAAUUGGAGGGUCCUACGCCGCGCUAGCUCAGUUCUCACUAAACUUGCAACUUCAGCACUACAACAACAACUAUCAAUCAUGGCUGUCUUAGAAAUAGCUUUGGCCCUUCUGGCCAUUAUCGUGCUCAUCUACUGGUGGUCUAUUGCCACAUUUAAGACUUUUGAACAACGUAACCUGCCCUUCGAAAAGCCAUAUCCAUUUUUUGGCAAUAUGAAACGAUCUGCUCUCCAGAAAAUCUCCAACCACAAAGAAUUAACCGAGUUUUACUCUCGCACGCGUCACCACAAAGUCGUAGGCUUUUUUAGUCUUCGCACCCCAAUGGUCCAGAUAAACGAUCCCGAACUGAUCAAGAAGAUCUGCGUCAAGGAUUUCGACUACUUCCCCAACCACCAGCUCCUGAUAACCACCAAUGAGCGUCUGCUGAACGACAUGGUCAACACAAUGAGGGAUCAGCGUUGGAAAAAGAUGCGGAACACCCUGACCCCGGUCUUUACGGCCGCCAAGAUGCGGAGCAUGUUUGUCCUCAUGAACGACAGUUUCGGGGAGUGCGUCCAGCACUUGGGGGAUCAAUCCCAAGCCACCGGCUUCGAGGUCGAUGUGAAAGUUCUGUUCCAAAAGCUAACCAGCGAUGUUAUCGCCACAACGGCAUUUGGCUUGAAGGUAAAUUCUUUCGAAAAUCCAAAGAAUGAGUUCUAUCGAGUGGGCUCGACUCUGAUUUUCACGCGCGGAAUACAGUUCUUCAAGUUUACGCUAUCGGCCCUCAUGCCCAAGCUUUUUACAUUCUUCAACAUGAAGAUAUUUGAUGGCGCCAAAGUGGACUACUUCGUUGGCCUUGUGGUCGAUGCCAUGAAGCAGCGCGAGAAACUGAACAUAUCGCGUCCCGAUAUGAUCCAGUUGAUGAUGGAGGCUAAGAAGGAGUCGACAGUAAAUUGGAGCGAUGACGAGAUCGUGGCCCAGUGCUUCAUCUUUUUCUUCGCCGCCCUUGACAACAACACCAACCUGACCUGCAUAACUGCCUACGAGCUGCUCCACAAUCCCGACAUCCAGCAGCGACUAUAUGAGGAGAUCUUGGAAACUAAGGAAUCCCUAAAUGGCGGCCCAGUUACCUACGAUACUGUGCAGAAAAUGACAUACAUGGACAUGGUUAUAUCGGAGACACUACGCAAGUGGUCUCUUGCGCCUACCACAGAUCGGGUCUGCUCCAAGGACUACACCCUUACCGACGAGGACGGCACAAAGCUCUUUGAUUUUAAGGUCGGAGAUCGCAUCUCAAUUCCCAUAGCCGGACUGCACGGAGACGACCGAUACUUCCCGGAGCCCAGAAAGUUUGAUCCCGAGCGUUUCAGCGAGGAGCGAAAGGGGGAUAUGGUUCCCUUUACUUAUCUACCUUUUGGCGCCGGACCUCGUAGCUGCAUUGCGAGUCGAUUUGCUCAAAUGCAGGUGAAGGGAAUGCUUUACCAUUUAUUGCUAAAUUAUAAGAUCGAGGAAUCUCCGAGGACCAUCAAGGAUAUGUGGGAGUCGGCACGCAGCUUCAGACUGACGCCCGCUUCUGGAUUCUAUAUGCAAUUGGUACCACGAAAUUAAACCUAUUAGAAUAACGAAAAGACUGGAUUUGUGAUCAAAUUACCUACGGAUCUAUGAAUAUCUAAGGUAACUAUGACAUGGAAUUAAGAGUAUUAUAAUAUUAGAUGUUGGUAAACAUCUACUACAUUUGUUUGGAUUUGGAACGUUAGUACAAAAUAUCGUUUAUAAAGACAUCAUAAAUUUUUGAAUUCUUCAUAUUUAUUGUUAAUAAUAAUAAUAUAAUUAUAAAUAAAUUGUU